GGUUUCUGGGAUUUGUAGUUCAGAGACCUCAACUUGACGUCAGCGGAAGUCUUGGCGCAUUCACGAGCUAGGUCACAUUGGUGCCGUUUGGUAAUGUUUUGAGCAGCUCUGCUACGAUGGAGGCAACAAACACAGAGGAAGUCCCUCUAAGGCAUGUGGAGAAGGAUGUUCUGAUCCCCAAGAUGAUGAGGGAGAAAGCCAGGGAGCUCUGUGCAGAAAGAGUUGAAGCCUUCAACAGCUGCUGCAAAGAGUCCGGCUUCCUUAUGGUGUUUAAGUGUCGAGAAGAAAACUCAGCCCUGAAGGAAUGCCUGACACAACACUACCAGGAUCCGGCGUUUUUCGAAGAGUGCAAACGACUGUACAUCCAAGAAAAACUGGAAUUUCAGAAGACGGGGAUACCGGCCAAGAACAGGACCCAGAAACUUCCAACCAGCAUGUAACAAUCAAAAUGAUAACCACGUGUCUUUCUUCUGGGCGCCCAGAUUCCAGGAAUUCUGGAGGCAGUUCGGCCAAGUUUGCUACUCAUACUCACUACAAGACUGCAUUGUGUGAAAAUCUUCGGCAUAUUUACCAUUUCUUUGGUUUGCAGUAGUGGACUUUAAUUCAAAUGAUCUUGUUUAAUGUCCAGUCCAUGUGUAUAAUGAGUCAUAGGUGAAGUAUGUAGAAAAAAUGACUACACAGGAUCAGUCCUGAGGAAUUUCUGGGACUGCAGCAUUUUAACCUUAUCCAGGUUAAAGUGCUGCCUAUGUGCUAAUUCUACUGGAUCAGUUGUAUCAAUGUCUCUGUUUGUUGUUUUUGCUUUGUCAUCAGCGCAAGACAUUGUGUUGCUUUUUGAAGAAUCAGAAAAAUAUUUGAAUGUUACAAAGAGAAAAGCUUGAAACAACCACUUGUAAGUAUGUGGCGUUGCACAUAAUUUGUUUUCAAUGCAGGAAAAAAUAUUUGCCAGAAUUAAAAAUAAA